AUGUGUUGCCAAGUCGAGGCAGACACCAAGGGUAUAGUAUUCGAGAUCGUUCGCAGCGCUGCCCAGGCUGUGGCAUUCUGGGAAUAUAUCAGCCGUCUACUUGAUCUUCUGAAGGACUCGAACAACCGAGGCCAUACAGUCAUCCACACGGUCUUCCAAGCUCUCGUACUUCAGGAAUUGCCUAACGCCUUCCACUUCGAGUUUGACCGCGUGAAAGAAUCUCUUAGACAACAUAUUUCAAAGGGAACCAGACUUGUAUACUUCCUGAGAGUUUCCAUUGAUGUCCCUGGCGAGGAAAAUGUUUCUGGAAUGGAAAAUGCAAGUAUAACCAAGAUCUGCAAGCCCGAGGACCACACCAGGAAAGACCCUCUACUUCAUUACCUGAUGCGCCUUUGUCAACCUGACCUCUGGGGAAGGUUAAAACAGAGAAAAGCUGAUUCUCUGGUUGAACUGGCAAACACGGCUGAGUUCGACCUCUCUUCUGCUUUCCCACUCCUGCCUUACUCUGACACCAAGGGACGCAACUUCCUUUCCAGAGUUCAGGCGCCAGAGCUCGAGCUAGAUGAGGCCAAAGUGGAUAUGGGAUUUUCGGAGGCUGAUGUCCCUCUAGAGGACAUGGUGGAACCAAUGAUUGCCGAUGAUGCUUUAAGAGCAGCGGGGUACUGGAUCAGGGCUCAAGCAAACACAGAUAUCGAGUUCCUGUACGAAGACCUGGUCCAGGACUGUCUGUGUGAUCUUCAGACCAACUACGAGAAGGCCAAGGCCAGGAUAAGAAAGGAAUCAGCCUACAAUACGCUGUAUAGAUCUUUCAUUUUUGCUCGGCGGUUGAGGAAGUUGUACGGCUGGUGUGAGGCCACAUUUCAUGUGGAAGGCUCUUAA